CAACCAGGAAGCAAACGGCGGAAAUUUAGAUCCACCUCACGCUUUCAGCUAACAGGUUUUGGGCUGUUAGCUGUCUUCUUUUUCCUGAAUGGAGAGGCCAGUGGAGUAGACAGCACAUGUCUCCAGCCAAAGAAGGUGCACGGUUUUAAAGAAACGAUGUGUCUAACUACCCGGCAGGGUCUGUGAGGUGAAUGGACGGAUAGCCAGCUGAGAGUGUCCUGUCACUGACAGCCAGCCACAUUAAACACCGACGCAUGGCCCUGCUCCUCAGCUAGCCCAGGUAGACGACGUAACGAGACGACAAGACUAGCAUCAUGUUCCUGAAAACAUCCUUCACCACGCUGAUCGUGGGGGUCUUUGUGGUGUACGUGCUCCACACCUGCUGGGUGAUGUAUGGGAUAGUGUACACUAAGCCCUGCGACAGACCCAAAGGUGACAACUGUAUCACACCCUUCUUGGCAGGGGAGCCGAAACUACAGUUGAGUAUCUACACUGCACUGCGGCCCAAUGCAGAGGGAGGACAUACCUUGAUCCACAAAGAGGAAAAGUUUGAUGUCAACAGCAAGUUCGAGAGGAUAGUAAAUGUCCCCCUCCCUAAGAAGACCCGCAACAAUGGAACUUUAUAUGCACUAAUAUUUGUCCAUCAAGCCGGCUUCACUCCGUGGCAGGAUCCACGACAGGUCCACCUGGUGGCUCAGCUCACCACAUACAUGGUCCCUAAACUGCCGGAAAUCUCUUUGAUAUCCGGAGAGGAUAAAGCACAGGGUCAGAAAGAAGAAGCCCAGCAGAAGAAACGCCCGGACGGUAACCCUGCUGCAGGAAGUGGUGCCACCUCCAUGUCAGAUCACCCAGUUUCCCACUGGCGCACUCGCCUGACACUCAACAUUGUCAGCGACCACUUCCUGUUUGACAGAGAAUACUUGCCUAGUGAUGUCCACAGAUACCUCAGAGUAUUCCAAAAUGGUAAGAAGAUGGUUUAUCUACCUCUGCUGUUUGUUGAUGAGCUCAGCAACCGGGUCAAGGACCUUGUCGAGAUCAACAGUACCUCCAUGGAGCUGCCUCUGACCAUCUCCUACGAUUCCAUUUCUCUGGGGAGGCUCCGAUUCUGGAUCCACAUGCAAGACGCUGUCUUCUCUCUGCAGCAGUUUGGUUUCACAGAAAAGGAUGCUGAUGAGAUUAAGGGAAUAUUUGUGGAUACCAACCUGUACUUCCUGGCUCUGACCUUCUUCGUAGCUGCCUUCCAUCUCCUCUUUGACUUCCUGGCAUUCAAGAACGACAUCAGCUUCUGGAAGCAGAAGAAAAGCAUGGUGGGAAUGUCCAGCAAAGCAGUGCUGUGGAGAUGUUUCAGCACCAUAGUGAUUUUCCUCUAUUUGUUUGACGAGCAAACCAGCCUGCUUGUCCUCAUACCUGCAGGCAUCGGCUCUAUCAUUGAAGUAUGGAAGGUGAAGAAGGCCUUUAAAAUUCAGGUUUUCUGGAAAGGAGGCAAACCAACGUUCCUGUUUGGGAAAUUAGACGAAUCAGAGAGGAGAACAGAGGAGUACGAUACUCUGGCCAUGAAGUAUCUCUCAUACCUCCUCUACCCGCUGUGUAUUGGAGGGGCUGUCUAUGCUCUAAUAUUCCUACGAUAUAAGAGUUGGUACUCGUGGUUGAUCAACAGUUUGGUUAAUGGUGUAUAUGCCUUCGGCUUCCUCUUCAUGCUUCCUCAACUGUUUGUCAACUAUAAGCUGAAAUCUGUGGCCCACCUGCCCUGGAAAGCCUUCAUGUACAAGGCAUUCAAUACCUUCAUCGACGAUGUGUUUGCCUUCAUCAUCACCAUGCCAACGUCUCACAGACUGGCCUGUUUCAGGGACGAUGUGGUGUUUCUCAUUUACCUCUACCAGAGAUGGCUCUACCCAGUGGACAAAACGAGAGUAAAUGAAUAUGGAGUUUCUUACGACGAAAAGCCCAAAGGAAAGACUCACAAGGACUAGUGAGGAAAGAGGAGUCAUGGCUUCCCUGAUCUGGUAUCUGCGGGUUUUGUCAUCAGUCCACCAGUAUCCACUGACUGGUAUUGGUCAUAUCAACUGAGCUGGUUUAACGGUCCAGAGGCGCCUGGAAAACGGUUUUUGUUUCUUGUCAGUUAGUUGGAAAUGGACCAGGCGCGUUGACAUCCUUUUGGUUUUUGGCUUUUUUCACUCCGUCCCAUAGUGCGAAGUAUUGAAAGGUCAACAUAUGCUUAUUUGCCUUUUGCAAUCGGGAGAGGAUUUUUUUGUGUUGUUUUUUUGCACCAUGUGGCGGGACAGAAACAUCAAUGAGGUAAACCGCAAGUUUUCCAUUUCAGACUGACACAACAACCUGGUGUGAAUGGCUUGCACCCUGCUCAUGACUAUGACCAAAUCUACAACAGGUCAGAAAGAGUACAUUAAUAUCGGUGGCAAAUUUGAGUCUUGUCAGCCAUAAAUUCUGCUCUACCUGUUUAUCAAACAUCAGGUCAAUCCACAGAGCCUGCCACAUUCCUCCUCUAUUGGGACAGCCAUUGGGGCUUUUUUUCUACCUUGAUUUCCAGCUUUGCACGUCUCCAAACACUGGCUUGGCCGUGCUAAGCUGCAAGAAUAGAGUGUGAUUUAUUUCAUUGGGUGGGCCUCCCAUUUUAAGCUCAAAAUCCGCCUAUUGAGCACCAUUGUAAAUACUGUAUUUUCAGAAUUUUAAUUGCAGUGUCAAAAAGGGAUUAUGAUAAUUUUAAAUAAUUUUUGUGUUUACAAAUUCCAGUUAACUGACUGAGUACAAUUUGAGCCUGGGUCAGACUGCUUUGAAGAACUUAUAUCUGAAUAUAUUGAUUUUCCAUUUUAUUAUUCCAUAAGCGCAAAGUCUGAUACAUCGGAACUUUCAGAGGAGUUUCCGAAUCAUAAGUGGAUGUGUUGUUGACUCAGUUAGUCAUUCCUGAUGCAGAAUUUGAAUGUUUCUCUAGAAAUUCUAUGAAACUGUGCUAAUUAUCUGUCAAUAUUGCUCAGUGAAAAGGCUGUUAACAAUCUGCCUCUUAAAAAGUGUCAAUGUGUAUGCAUUUCAAUUUUUUAUUCCGGAUUAUCAUGUGGACAAAGCUAACAUGAGACAAAUUCAAGGUUGACAGACCCUGUUUCUUAAAAAAUGACAGAGGUAGGAAUCAAAAGUCUCAAAGACUAAAAAGUUAGAGCAAUUGCAUCACUCUUAAUUAUAGAUUUUUUAUGACGUACUUUCCAUCUAUGUACAUAAUGAUGGCUGUAAUAGUAGCGACAUAUCAGAGUCCAAUAUGUUGCCAUGGUGAAGGGGAUGAGUUGCCUGAUUGUCACAGAAUCUCUAGAAAAUUCCAAUUUCUUGCCACGGAAGUAGGGAUAACUUUCCUAAACAUCUGCAAUCUAUUGAGUUAAACCCACUAUGUCCACAAAUGGUACAACGAUAUUUACUUUUAUUUCACUGUAACACAGGAGGGUGCCACUGAAAGCCAUUCUGUCCUUUCCAUCCACUCUAGUUUUGUAGUUUUACCUGCUCGAGUAUUUUCUACAUAUCAGGGCCAAGGAAAUAUGUUGGUGCCAAAUGUGAGAAUGAUUCUUUAAACUGUUAUUAGCUUUGUAUGUUCAGUUCACCAUAAAUGGUCCAUCUGAUGUUUUUAAACAGACACUGACAUUGUGAGGGAAAACAGUAAAUAGUAAGACUUGAGGAAAGUAUUACUACAUUUGGAUUUCAUGUUUUAUUUUUUUGCCAUCAUUUUAAUGUUAUGUUGUUUUGCUUUUUUAAUUUGUUGAUUUUUUAAAGUAGAAAGAUAUAUGGCUAUAUUAGGUCUGUGCACAAAGAUCAAGCACAGGUUUUCUGUUCCUGUGUAAAAGUGACCAGGAGAGAUUUGUCAGAAAAUUGCCUUGAAAUGGUUUUACUCACUGUAAUUUUUGUGUUUUUGAUUGUGAUUAAAUAAAAUUCCCGACUGAA